AUGGAAGAAAUAGAGUUACAUAUUAUAAAAAAUGAGAUAAUUAAAAUAGGUGAUAAAUUAAUAGAUAGUGAUGAUAUUUUUCAGUUAUGUAAAAGAAUAUUAAAAAGUAAAAUAAGCCAAUGUAUUGAUACAAUUUUGGAAUGCAUUUUUUAUAUGCCAGUAAAAAUUGGAAUUUAUGCAACAAUUUUGGGAAUAAUAACGAAAAAUGAUAAAAAAAUGAAAUUGCAGAUUUUAUUAAAAUUAAAUCAUAAUAUUGAAGUUUUCAUAAAAAAGAAUUUAUUACAUUGUUUGCUGUGGUUUAGAUGUAUAAUAGGCUUAAGUUGCUGUUAUUUUUUUGAUUUUAGUUACUGUUUAAAUUUAUUUAAAAACAUAUAUGAAUUGUGCAAUGAAUUAUAUAAAGAAAAAAAAUUUAUAAGAGGAGAUAAUAUUUUAUAUAUAUUUUUAAGUAAUUUUUUUUAUAUAUCCAAACAAAUAUAUGACAAAAAUAAAGAUGAAUUAGACAAUAUAUUGAAUAAAUGUUUUGAUUUAAUGGAAAAAAGGCAAAAUUGUAUAGAUAACAUAGAUAUAGAUAAUAAUGAUAUAGUUACAAUUGAAUACAUAUACAUUUACAUUAAUAGUACUAUUCAUAGUGAUAAUUUUUAUGAUAGAUUAUUUUAUUUAAAGGAUGCCUUAAAAAAUUAUAUACAGAAUAAUUUAAAAAGUGUAGCAACUCAUAGAUUUUAUCAAAAACAAAUAUUUCAAGAAAUAUUUUUAAAUGGUGAAAAUAGCCCAAAAAAAUCUAAUGAAGAUAAUUUAUUGAGUGAUAGCAUGAGUAAUAUUAAUAAUCAAAGUUAUAAUAAUGAAAAAGAUAAUAAUAAUACCGAUGAUGUUAACAGUAAUAUUAAUUUUAAUGAUAACAAUAGCAAUGAUGAAUUAUUAUUAUUUAAUUCAAAAAAUAAAGAUAUGAAUUUACAAAAAAUAAUUGAAAAAUGUAUUAAUAUAGAAUAUCUUGUUAAUUAUGAGUGCGAUCAAUAUAUAAGUAGUCUACAAAUCAAUUUUAGAACAAAAAGUGAUGAUAAUAAAAAUAUACAUGAUAUAUGGCUGAUGCAGGAGCAUAUUCUGCAUAUUAUUGAGUUAUAUAAAAACAGCGUUGAGUUUAGCUCAAAAAUAUUGGGUAUAUACGUUCAAUUACAAAGUAAAUUAUAUAAUAAUGUAUUAAUCGAAUGCAUUAUAAAUAAAUUACUAUCUUCCUUUAAUGAAAAAGAUUAUUAUUUUUAUAUAUCAUUAAUUCAUAGAUUAUUAUUAAUAAACAAAAAUCUAGCAAGUAUAAUUAUUAGAUGUAUUAAAUUUAUUUUAAAACAAAUUGGGAAAUUAGAUAAUGAAUCUUUUUAUCUAUUCAUGGAGUUAUGUAUUUAUAUGCUAUCCUUCUUUGUAUAUGAAAAUAAAUUGAUGAAGAAUAAAGAAAAUUUUUUCAAAAGAAAAUAUAAUGAUAUGAAUAAGAUUCUAAAAGUUCAAGAAGAAGAAAUGCAAAAAUUAGAUAACAAUUUAACAAAAGAAAAAGAAGAAUUGAGUGUACACAAAAAAGAAAGAAAAGAAGAAAUAGAUGAUACAGAAAUUAAAGAACAAGCAGAUGAAGAACAGAUAAAUGAAUAUUCAAGAAAUUGCAAUAGUACAAAAAGAAAUCAAGUUAUACUAAAAAAAAAUGAAAAAACUUUGAAUGAAUUGAGAAAUAAUGAUUUCAAAAUACCUUUUUGUAUUGAAGCUGAUGUGAAAUAUAGCCCUGAUGAAGGUAAUGAUUAUGAUGAAAAUGAUAAAGAGGAAUGUGAUUAUGAUGAAAGUGAUGAUGAUGAAAACGAUAGUAAUGAAAAUGAUUUUGAUUAUUCUAUUUUUAAGGAAGAAUUAGAAAAAUUAGAUAUAGGAGAAAAUUUAAAGAAAUUUACAAAUUUAAUGUAUAAUGUGAAAAAUAAAUAUCGUCGAAAAUGGACUAGAAAUUUAUUUUUUAAAUCUUGUUCCUUAGUUUAUAAAAAUGAAGUUGAAAAUUUACUACCAAGAGUUGUUAUAAGUUACUGUAAUGGAUUUAAAUGUUCUAAUGACAAAAAAUAUCAAGAUUUUCAUGAAUUUUCUAUUUUUAAUGAAGUAUUAAAAUUUUGUUUUUAUGAGAUUAACAAUAUCGAAGAUCAAAAUUAUGAUUUGGAGAAAGAAGAUAACACUGAAAACUCUCUAAGUAAUUUUAAAAAUCUAAUUAAUGUAAUUAUCCAAUGUUUUAUGAAUUACUUAAUUGAAAAACCUCACUUAAACAAAAUUCCUCCCUUUUUUGAAAAUAUAAAAAAAAGUAUUGAUAAAUUACAUGGAAUAUCAAGGGAUAAUUUAGAUGAAAAUAUUUUUGAUAAUAAUAUAUUUGAAAAGGAUUUUGAUGUAGAUUCUAUCUGUUGGAGCAGAUAUGAUAUUUUAAUCCUUUUUUUUAAGUCAUUGAUAUUUUUUGAUUCUUCAAAUGUUUCUUCUUUAAAAAAAGUUUUUAAUAAUCAUGCAGUCAUAUUUUUAAACUAUAAAGACUCGGGUUGUUUUCAAUCAGAAAAUGAUAAAAAACAGUUUGAUAUAGAAAUAAUAAAUACUGUUUAUUCAUAUUUUAACAAUUCUGUUCUUUUAAAUGUAAUCGUUAAUAUAUUAAUUGAAAACCAAAUAGUUGAUGAAUUAUCUGUUAUUCAUUUUAUUUUUAAUAAAUUAGAUGAUUCUAACUUAGAUGAAUAUUAUGUUUUACGCUUAAUGUACGAGUGUAUAGAUAAUUUAAUAACAAAAAAAGAAUUUAAUGAUAUGGAAAAAAAUAAAUUGAAAAGAAAACAAAAUAAAAAUGAAAAUGAAGUAUUAAUAAAACAGUUAGAAGAUAAAAAAAAUCAGUUAGUUCAAAAAAUUUUUCAUUUAACAAAUGAAACAGUUAUUAUGCUUUGUCAUAAAAUGAUGAAACUAAAAAAUGAAAGUAAUUCAUACAUGAGUAAAGAAUUAUUGAAAGAAUCAUUAGUGUUUCUAAGAACUUAUCUUGAAUAUGUUGAUGUCGAUCAAUUUUUACAAUUAUGUCAUGAAAAUAACUUUGAAUCGGAAUUAUUAGAAUUAGCAACUAUUUUUAAGUAUGCAAGCUUAAAAAAAAAGAAAAAAGAAAAAUAA